CUCACAGUCGUCUUUGACUUUGCGACAUGGCUGCGUCCAGGGAAGUAGCGUAGUCCACAAGUCUGCAAUGUUUAUCUACCAAGUUUCUCUAUCGUAUAUGUCUCCAUAGAGCUGCCGUUCACAGUUCUGACGGACAUGUCGGAUAAAGAGGUCGGUAAAGGGAAGGAGAGUCCCGCCGAAAAGGGCUUCAGGACCCCCGGGCUGAGAGGCGUACAGACCACCACUCUGUUCCGAGCUUUCAACCCUGAACUCUUCAUUAAACCUAAUAAACCAGUGAUGGCGUUUGGACUGGUGACCAUCACCUUGUGUGUGGGCUACCUGGGCUAUAUGCACGCCAUGAAAGAAAACGACCAGCAGCUGUACGAGGCCAUCGACAGCGAAGGAGAGAGAUACAUGAAGAGGAAGACCUCCAAAUGGGACUGAUGGCACAACAUAUUGUUUAACACUGUGUGUGUAUGUGUGUUUAUAUUUUGUUAUAACAGAGGGAAAUUAAAACCUGAGUGGACUGAAA